UCGACGGAGGGCGCGCACCCUGAAAAAUUCCACACCCGGGUAAGCUCCGCCCUUUGCGCCUUCUCUCCUGCCCCAGGCUCUUCGUAGUCCCCAUCCCAGCAGCCUUUGCGUGAACAAAAUGGCAGCUCCCAUGCUGCGGGGGUUGUCUUGCUUAUCCAGGGCUUUAGGAUCGUGGUCUCGGCAGUCAGUCCUGGUGACUCAGUCCAUAGCUGUAGUUCCAGUGAGAACUAAAAAACGUUUCACACCUCCUCUUUAUGAACCCAAAUACAAAUCAGAAAAGGAGUUUAUAGAACAAUCCCGAAAAGCAGGAGUGGUCAUUCCUCCGGAACGUUUGGAGCGUCCCAUACAUCUGGCUUGUACAGCUGGUAUUUUUGAUGCCUAUGUUCCUCCAGAGGGUGAUGCUCGGGUCUCAUCUCUUUCAAAGGAAGGACUAGCACAGAAAACUGAGCGACUGAAGAAAAACGUGGCAUCACAAUUGUCAAUACGGAAGAUAAGAGAAUAUGAUGCUAAUUUUAAAAUAAAGGACUUCCCUGAAAAAGCUAAGGAUAUCUUCAUUGAAGCUCACCUUUGUCUAAACAACUCAGACCAUGACCGACUUCAUACCUUAGCAACUGAAAACUGUUUUCCGGACAUGGUUGAGGAUCUCAAGUAUAAGACUGUUCGCUGGAGCUUUGUAGAAUCUUUAGAGCCACCCCAAGUGGUUCAGGUUCGCUGUUCAAGUAUGCUGAACCAGAGCAACCUGUAUGGCCAGGUCACCGUCCGCAUGCAUACCCGGCAGACUUUGGCCAUCUAUGACCGGUUUGGCAGAUUGAUGUAUGGACAAGAAGAUGUGCCCAAGGAUGUCCUGGAGUAUGUGGUCUUUGAAAAGCACCUGACAAACCCCUAUGGGAGCUGGAGAAUGCAUGGCAAGAUCAUCCCCUCAUGGGCUCCCCCUAAGGAGCCCAUCCUUAAGACGGUGAUGAUCCCUGGCCCCCAGCUGAAACCCUGGGAAGACUAUGAAGAGCCACAAGGAGAGGCCCAGAAGCUAGUCUGAUGGCAAAAAUAAUUCCUGGAGUAAAGCAGGGGUCAUGAGGUGGCUGGGAGCCAUGACGUCUGGGAGUCUGGGAACUGUAAAGUCACCCAUCUCUAUCAUGCAGUAGAAAGAACUACCUGUGUUCUCUCUUGUUGAGUCUUUUUAGCAGUAUCAUCUUCAGCAACCAUGACUGAUGGCUAAUCCCAGAUAAGUUGCUGCUGUGCAUAGCUAUGGACCCAUUUCUUCUUUUUUAGGUUUUAUAUCUAGCUUCUGGGUCGAGAUGAAAGACAGUAUGUUUCAGAGAACAUCUGAUACCAAUUACUUCUGCAGAAGGGACUGUCAGGAGCAAACCAGCAGAAUUUUCUUAUCACAGGAUAGGGGGCAGAGUUUGAAAUAAAACACUGUCAAAAUGUUGAAUAAAU